ACAGGGCGGGGAUCCCGACGGGGUUAGGGCUGGUGUUGUGCUGACGGCCGCGGCCAGGGAAUUUCAAUUUCGAAUGAGACUGAGGUAGACAGGGGGGCAGCGAGGAGGGGAGACGAUCGGGAAAGGCACUAAGAAGAGGAGAGGGGGAAAAGCCCCUAACAAGGUAGGCAGCCGGCAGGCGCAGGCAAAGUUAGUAGGACUUCUGUUUUUGGCGGGCUUCGCUGAAUUGUGAGAGGCGCAAGCCGCCGCGGUAUCUUGAGAGCCGGGUUUGAAGCGAAGCCUCCCUCUCCCCUCGGGCCCCGUCUUCAGCUGCGCUGUGAGACGAGGAGAAGAAGAAGAAGGAGGAGAAGAAGGAGUGUGACAGGGGCACGAGCAUAUCUGUGACCAUGACGACUGAAGUUGGUUCAGAAACGGAAGUAAAGGAAUCAGAGAAGCUGGGAACAAACGUAACAAAGGAGCAUACUGGGGAUGCAGCAGAGAGCCAAAAAGAACAGGCAUCUGAACUAGAAGAAGGUUCGCCUACCCACCAGACUCCAGCUAGCCAAAGUAGCCCUAAUAGAUCAAAGAAAGAAAAAGAUUCAUUGGAAGGAAAGGGUAUUUCUCGCUUUAUCCCUCCCUGGCUUAAGAAACAAAAAUCCUACACCUUGGCAGAGCCCGAGCCCAAAGACAAAGCUAAGGUGAAAAAGCCAACAGCAUCAGAAGCAGAGGCAACUGAGGAGAAUGAAUGUAGUCUUCUAGAAGAAGCAGCUCAGCAGAAGGGAAAAUUGGAAGACAUUGCUGAGAAUCAGCAAGAAGCUAAAGCAGAAGACAAAGAAGAGGAAGAACAUUCUGUUAGUAGUGCUGAAACACAGCCUGCUAAAGAAGUCAGCAAAGACAUUGUUUCUGAAGAACAGGAAGGCCAAAAAGAAGCAGAGGAAGACAAAAGGGAAACCAAAGCAGUGCAGACAGGUGAAGUCCAAACUGAGAAAACUCUUCAGAAAACUCCUAAGAGGAUUAGAACUGUCCAGUGUAAAGUGGUGCUUCUAGAUGGCACAGAAUACAGCUGUGAUGUUGAGAAAAAAGCUAAAGGCCAAGUGCUGUUUGACAAAGUGUGUGACCAUCUUAACAUAUUGGAGAAGGACUACUUUGGUUUGUUAUACCAAGACAACUCAGAUCAGAAGAAUUGGCUUGAUCCUUCAAAAGAAAUCAAGCGGCAAAUUCGAAAUUUGUCCUGGCUAUUCACUUUUAACGUGAAAUUUUAUCCACCUGAUCCUUCACAGUUAACAGAAGACAUCACCAGGUACUUCCUGUGCUUACAACUUCGUCAAGAUAUUGCUUCUGGCCGACUACCAUGUUCUUUUGUGACUCAUGCGCUUCUUGGUUCAUUUACUCUGCAAGCUGAACUAGGUGACUAUGAUCCAGAAGAGCAUAACAGUGAUUACAUUGGGGAAUUCCAAUUUGCACCCAACCAGACAAAAGAAAUGGAGGAGAAAGUAGUAGAGUUGCACAAAACACACAGAGGCUUGACUCCAGCGCAGGCAGAUUUCCAGUUCUUAGAAAAUGCCAAGAAGCUUUCCAUGUAUGGAGUGGAUUUGCACCAUGCCAAGGAUUCUGAAGGUGUGGACAUCACAUUGGGUGUGUGUGCCAAUGGCCUACUAAUUUACAAGGACAGACUCCGAAUCAACCGUUUUGCCUGGCCCAAAAUUUUAAAAAUAUCUUACAAACGCAGUAAUUUCUAUAUUAAAGUCAGACCAACUGAGCUGGAACAGUUUGAAAGUACUAUUGGAUUCAAGUUGCCAAACCAUCGGGCUGCAAAAAGGUUAUGGAAGGUUUGUGUGGAGCAUCAUACUUUUUAUAGACUUGUAUCACCAGAACAACCCCCAAAGGCCAAGUUCCUGACAUUGGGUUCCAAGUUCCGUUACAGUGGGCGUACACAAACACAGACACGGGAAGCUAGCACCCUCAUAAAAAGGCCUGCUCCAUACUUUGAACGCACCUCUAGCAAGCGUGUGUCUAGGAGUCUUGAUGGUGCUCCAGUAGGUAUCACAGACCAGAGCCUGCUUAAGGACUUCUCUGCUGCAGCAGUGGGACCUGCUGGUGAUAGAAUGUUUGAAGUUGCUGGACAGUUGAAAUUAAAAGAUGGGGAAGGCAGAGAUGAGGAUGGAGACAUAGCCAAAAUGCCACAAUUAGAUGAUGGAAAGACAUACUCCUUGAGAGUAGAUGGGGAAAAUAUUUAUGUCAGACAUAGCAAUUUAAUGUUGGAGGACCUGGAUAAGACCCAGGAUGAAUUACUGAAGCAUCAGGCUAGCAUUAGUGAACUCAAGCGCAAUUUUAUGGAAUCCACACCUGAGCCUCGCCCCAAUGAAUGGGAAAAGCGACGUAUCACACCUCUGUCUCUACAGACACAAGGGAGCCUAGAAGAGGAGAUAGCAUCAAUUUUAUUUUGUAAAGAGGGUUUUUCCACUAGCAUGAAAACUGCCUUCACUUCAGCUACCUUGUGGACAGCAGAGGGCACUGUUGUGAAAGAUAAUGUACCUUCUGAAAAGCUUUCUGCCUCACCAUUCUCUCAGCUGCCUGAGAAGUUUACUCCCCAAACAGAAGAGCCUUCCUCUGGAACCAGCAGGACUAUUAAGAGUUCACAUGAGACUCUGAAUGUAGUGGAGAAGAAGCAGGCAGAGGUUGAGAUAGAAGAGACAGUAGUCACAGACGAUACCAACAGGGGCAAAAUACAAGUUGUCUUUGAUAGUGGGAAAAUACAGAAGAUGGAACAUCUAUCGAAAAAGGACUCUUCAUCAUUGUCAUCAGACAGCAGCAGUAGUGAAAGUGAAGACGAAGUAGGAGAAUAUCGGCCACAUCAACGAAUGACUCAGGAUGCCAUAAAAGAAGAGCUAGAAGAAAAGGAAGAUAUUGAAGAAGAAAAAGAAGACGACGAAGAAUACAAGGCGCAGGCAACAGUUUGUAUGGAAAUUUCACAAUCUGGUCAAGUAAAAGUUGAACACACAGAAGUGACAGAAGCUUUGGUCCGGAAAAGUGAAGUACCGACAAAUACAUCUGGAGAGGCAAACCUAAUGAGACUGGAUAAGAAAGGCCUGAAAGAAGAAAGGGAGGAGGAGCAGUUCAAACUAAAUGGAGAGGCUUCACAUAUUGACAUUGAUGGUUCACCACAAAUAAUUUGUUGCUCUGAGCCUCCAGUGGUUAAAACUGAGAUGGUGACCAUUUCAGAUGCUUCACAGAGAACUGAAAUCUCCACCAAGGAAGUACCAAUUGUUCAAACAGAAACGAAAACGAUCACGUAUGAAUCCCCUCAGUUUGAUGGCAGUGGUGAUGCGGGUGUGCUGUUGAGUGCGCAGACAAUCACAUCGGAAUCUGUAUCUACAACCACAACUACACACAUCACUAAGACAGUAAAAGGUGGUGUGUCGGAAACCAGAAUCGAAAAGCGGAUAGUUAUCACUGGAGAUGCAGACCUUGACCAUGACCAGGCAUUGGCACAAGCCAUUAAAGAAGCCAAAGAGCAGCACCCUGACAUGUCUGUAACAAGAGUAGUGGUGCAUAAGGAAACGGAAGUUCCAGAGGAAGGAGAAUAAGAAUUAUGAAGAAUGAUUUGUGAAUAUGAAGAACUCUGAUCAUUCCAAGUUGGUAUUCCCACCAUUUCACCAAAUUCACCUAGCCAAGCAACAAUGACUAGACAUCUCCAGAAUGAACUGCCAACACCAAAUCUCGUCUUCUCGGUCCUUUACCAUUUACUUCUUUAUUUUUAUAACCACUUCUUAACAUUCUUGACUUUUUAAUGAGGUUUAGAGGUUUAUUACUUUUUGCACAAUUCCCUGUCAUUUUUAUAGAAAUGAUUUCUUGAUUGCAUGAAAGUGAACAAAAAUAUUUAGUAUGCGCUGUUCACUUGAGAAAAUUUAAUAUACAGGAAGGACAAAAAUCUUGACUAAUUUAGAUAUUAUCUUCUCAAAACGUUUCAAAGCCUUUUACUGGAUAACUGAGUUUUUCAGAUUAUUCAGGUAAAUAGAAUGGGUCUAAUAUAAGAAAUACACUCUUUUGUAUUUAAAAAAACAAAGCUUUCUGUAACUUGGCAAGAAAAGUAAAUUAAGAAUUUUCACCUUGAUUUGUAUGGAUUUUAUAUAAAUUCUUUAACUUUCCCACUUUCAACUGGUGCUGGUAUAAUAUAGAAGCAAGAGAGUUAUCAAGUUGUUUCUGCUGAAUGAGCACUGUUCUAGAAACCAUUUUUGCACUUCAGUGCCAUUGUUCAACUCCUUCGUGGACACUUUAUAGUCUGCAACAUUCCAGAUAAAGUUGGAAGGACUUGCUCUCUUCCUUUCCAAUGAAGAUAAUCUAGGCAGCUUAAAACCUUAGUGCUUUUCUCUUAACAUGUUAAAUGUCACACACUUUCAUUAUAUGAAUACAUGUGCAGAAUGCUUGUAUUACAUUAAAACAUAUUGUCUACAUGUUACAACUGAUAUGUCCUAUUAAGCGGUUAUCUUUCAGGUAAUUUACCUAUUGACUAGUACAGGUUUUAAGGACAUUAAGGGUCUAGGGGUGCAGGCUAGGUCUCAUUCUUGUAAGUAGGAUGUGAACCAUGGUCAUAGGAUGAGGUUGCUACUGAUGAGGUCUGUAUGAAAACCUGUUAACAGUGUCUCCCCCACCCACCCCACUGUUCACCUUGUGUAUAGUUGAGAUGCCAUAUUAAAUUUAUAGCAGCUUGAAGUUGUAUUAAGUGAUAUUUUGCUUUCUGUAAUACUAUUAUAAAAUAAAGUUUGUUUAUUCUCUAA